AAUGUAUUGACUGAGGAUCCAAAGCUCAGCCUUCCAGCUGGACCCUGCUGCUGCUGCUCUGCUCACUGCGCGGGGUUUAAACCAGGACACGAACAACUGAGCUCUCCCUGGUUGCUGUAUCUCGGACCCGCCCUCCAAAAUAAAGCCAUGAGGGUCUUUCUCCUGUUUUGCCUGCUGGCGAUAGGCAACGCCAAACCCUACGAGCCAAUCAAUGUCAUGGAAUUUAUGAAAAACUAUGACAUCAUGAUGGCUGAUUCAGCAGAUGAAGAGAGCGAUGAAGACGAUGAUGAUGAUAACGACGAUGAUUAUGAAGAUGGGAACUGUCCCUCUGACUGCCGUUGCUCACCAAGAGUGGUGCAGUGCUCCGACAAAAGACAUAUCUCUAUUCCUGAGAAGAUUGCUGAGGACACUGUGAUACUUGACCUCCAGAACAAUGACAUCACCGAGAUCAAGGAGCACGACUUUAAGGGCCUCAACAAACUUCAUGGCCUGUUUCUGAUCCACAAUAAGAUUUCCAAGAUUCACCCCAAGGCCUUCAUAAACAUGGAACACCUCAGACUGCUGUACCUCUCCUACAACCAUCUAACUGAGAUCCCCGCAAACCUGCCUCCCAACGUCAUCGAGCUCCGCUUCCACGAAAACAAGAUUAAUAAAAUCCAGAAGGAGGCGUUCAAAGGCCUGAGGAAACUGCAUGUGCUGGAGCUGGGCGCCAACCCUCUGGCUAACGCUGGGAUUGAGUUUGGAGCUUUUGACGGCUUGUCCACCCUGUACAUCGGUAUUGCAGAGGCCAAACUAACCGCCGUACCAAAAGACCUCCCUUCUUCCAUCACAGAGCUGAGCUUAGACUACAACAAGAUCACUAAGGUGGAAAUAGAAGACUUCAAACGAUACAAAAACCUGCAGAGGCUAGGACUGGGCUUUAACCAGAUCAAGUUUGUAGAAAACGGAAGCUUUGCCAGCAUCCCGAGCAUCCGUCAGAUCCACCUGGACCACAACCGUCUGAAAAAGGUUCCACCGAACCUUGGCUCCAUGCGCUACCUCCAGAUGAUUUACCUCCACGGCAACAAAAUCAACAGUGUGGGAGUCAACGACUUCUGUCCGAUGGAGCCCAGUUUCAAGAAGAACCUGUACACAGGCAUCAGUCUGUUUGCCAACCCUGUGAAAUACUGGGACAUCCAGCCAGCCACCUUCCGCUGUGUGAGCGGACGGAGAGGCGUUCAGCUCGGAAACUUCAGAAAAUAGUUUGGAAUGAAAGCAAUGCGCUCAAGAGAGAACUAGCAAUAUCCUAGUGUCCAAAUCAAGAAGUAGUUGAAAACUAAUCUGAUAGAUAAAACAAGAUAAAAACUGGAUUCUUAAAGUAUUCUGAAAAUGAAUUUUGCGUAUAAAUCAAGAAAUGUAUUAAAAAGUGUUGCACAUGUUGGUUAAGCUGCAUUCUUCUGAACAAGUAAAACAUGUUUUUGUAGCUGAAGAUCAAAUACAGGGGGAGGACGUUAUAACUUGCAGUACAUUAUAAUCACAUUCAACACAAGUGCCCGGUGAGGUUUCUGUGAGGGGAUCCUUAGUUUUUGUCACUUGACUUUUCUGUGUAAACCUUUCCAGGAAUAAAGCGCCUCCCUCUGGUCACUUUUAGAGCACAACGACAGAAUCUACUGGCUUUUAAUGGGUUUAAGCUAUUUUCUUUCAAGUUUUAAAUUAGACAACAUUUAGAAUUCAAAAGCUUGAGUUGUUUUCUAAACCACAACAAACAUACUAAUUGUCUGUCUUAUGCCAUAUCUUUGCAUAUUAUAUUCAUGUAUUUUUUAAGUUAAAGGUGGGGUAGGUAAGUUUGAGAAACCGGCUCGAGAUACACUUUUUGUUACAGUAUAUUCCAUGGAAUGCUCUUAACAUCCCGAUAGCAAUGAAUAUCUUAAGUGCUUUGACAAAAAAUUCAUAAAAAAAUGUCAUCUGUGGAAGCCGUAGUACUGUAAAAAGCACGACCAAUCAUUUUAGCCGGGCCGGCUAAAAUGAUUGGAUGGCCUACCUGCCUGUCAGCCUUCCAUCUGUGCACAAACUUAUCUCGUGCCUUCAUUGGUCACGUGUGCGUUCGUGUGUGUUGGAGGAGGGGCUCUGUAAGGAACUGGCAGAUUUUUUCCGGUUGUGUAUUUUCAAAUUCCAGCGCACUCGAGCUGGUUUCUCCAAAAUCACCUACCCCACCUUUAAGAUAUAUUAAUCAUCAUAGAAGAGUCACUAUAAGGCCAGAGCAUUACAUGACCCUAAAAACCACUUUCACUUUUUCCUUCCAGCAGAAGUCUGUACUGGCAUUUUUAUUUAGUGCAAUAUGUCAAUUUGAAGCUGUCUGUAUGUGGAUGUUUUAUAUUAUCUCGCUGCAUGUCUGUAUUGUCUUUAUUUAGAAGCGGAAUUCUUCAUGUCAGGCUGGAUCAUACAAGUCUUAGAAACCUAAAAGGUCAUUUUGUUUUAUUGAACUAUAGCAACCAAGUGAACUAGAGUUAUUAAAAAAAUGAUAAGCAGGUAAU